UCGGCACGUGUUCGCGCUCGGACGACGGUCACCUCAUCGUGCACAGUGACACUGGUUGCAUUCGGCCAUGAAAUAUGCUUAUCCGGUCUCUCAUGUCCUUAGCGACUUGAGCACCGCUCAAUUAUCACUUAAAAUCGCUCGACAUUCUCCAUGUACUCACUGUGCAUGUACCGGCCUUCAUCCAGACCCCGACGAUGAGGUCGUCUUUGACGACGAGGUCCAACCUACAUUUUCCAUUGGAGAUCUUGGGCAAUAUGGAUCUGACGAUGAAGAUGCAACACCUCCAUAUCUCGAGUUUUGUGGAUGCGGGCACGGGCUGAAAGAACAUGAUGCCACGGAGAUCGGCAUUGGUGUCGAGGAGUUCUUGAGAAGGAGCAGGGUUGCUGUUCGUCUGGAUGAGCUCUUGAAGGAUGCAGGCAAGCUUCUGGACUUCGAUUACAUCGACGACGAUAUCGCUUCGCUCAGAAAACAAAUGAGACUUCCAGUGUCCGCUGUUGCACCUUCUCAACCUCUUGGUUAUUCACGAACCUCAGAUGGUUCCCCUCCUACGAAGAGGCGUCGUCUCUCUCUUUCCUCCCUCAGCGAAGCGGAUGACGAUGACGAUGACGAUGAAGAGGACAAACCUCUAGCCGCGCGAAUGAAUUCGAGGAUGGGGUCGAGACCGGAAAAAUCAACCCGGAAAACUGGUCAGAAAAGUGGGAAGAAAGGCCCAGGGAAAGUUCCCAAAGGCAAAACCAAUGGUGUUCCACGAAAGGGUCAUAAGAGUAAAGGUGUGAAUGGAAUAAAUGGGCAUUCCGCACGGGUCAAGGUGGAAGACAAACUUGGCGAUGAGCAGAUAACACGCCUAGCCACGGGUGUCCCAGUGGAUGCUUCUUCUCCUAAUGAACCCGUCGUUCGUACAGAAAAGAUGGCCGCUAUCGAACUUCGAAAAGGAGUAAUUCAAAUCACAUCUGUGGAGAAUGACAAACAUCCUCGAUCGUAUGUCAUUCUCACCGGGCUCAAGACUUUAUUUCAGAAGCAGCUGCCGAAGAUGCCUCGCGAAUAUAUCGCAAGACUAGUCUAUGAUGGGAAUUCAAAGGCACUCGCAAUCAUCAAGCGCGGCUACAAAGUCGUUGGCGGAAUUUGCUAUCGGCCCUUUCCUCAUCGAGGAUUCGCCGAAAUUGUUUUCUUUGCAACCGCGUCGGUGGAUCAAGUCAAAGGCUAUGGAGGCAUGCUUAUGGAUCACUUCAAAGCUCACAUUCGCAAGACGUAUCCAAACAUGAUGUACUUUCUGACUUAUGCGGACAACUACGCCGUCGGCUACUUCGAAAAACAAGGUUUUUCCAAGGAGAUCACUUUAGAUCGUUCAAUAUGGGCCGGUUACAUCAAAGACUACGAGGGCGGAACUAUCAUGCAAUGCACAAUGCUUCGCAAGGUGGACUACCUUGACAAAGUUUCUAUCAUCACCCAACAACAGGAAGCCGUCAUCUCGAAAAUCCGCGAGAUGUCCAGGUCGCAUAUCAUCCAUCCCGGUCUGCCGCAAUUCCAAGUAGGUACCGAUGAAGUCACCGUUGACCCUAGCGAUGUUCCGGGCCUCAGAGAGUGUGGGUGGACUCCGGAAAUGAUGAUGCAGCCGUUGCGUGUUACACCUAGAAGUGCAGAUCAUGGUUUCAUGGAGCAUUUGUUGCGGGAGCUACAAGAACACGGAAUGGCCUGGCCUUUCCUAGAACCAGUGAAACGUGAAGACGUGCCAGAUUAUUACGACGUCAUCACGAAUCCAAUGGACUUCAAGACGAUGGAACACAAACUGGAGACCCAUCAAUACGGAUCUGUGGAUGACUUUGUUGCUGACGCUAACUUGAUAUGGGAAAAUUGUAGGGCGUACAACCCGCCCGAGAGCAUAUACCAGAAGGCCGCUGCCAAGUUGGAGAAGUUGGUCACUGCCCGGAUGGCAGAGAGAAAUAAGCAAGAAGAUUAGCUAGUCCAUGACACAUGCGUCUUCCCAGUUUAACUUAUUUACCACUUAAUUUACAGUAUCUGACUUGCACUUGUAUCUAUAGCUCACUGUAUCCUAACAUGUAUCUCACUUCGU